GCAUAAAAUUUCCAGCACAUUUCGUCAGAAAUUUUGCUUCGAUAAAGACCAGUUUUCUUCAUUUUCGUGCGUUGUAAACCAGUGAAAGUGGAACUGCCAAGAAGUAAUGAGACGGUCGCGAUUAGCAGUUAGGCCUAAUUUGGGUCCUAAGGCGGGGACACGAGGCACAUCAACUGCAGGAGCAGAGAAGAAGUCUGAUGCCAAGACUAAAGACGCAGUACCCCCGAAGUCUGUCGAAAAACCAAAGGAAAAGUCUGAAAAAACUCCAACCAAACAUGUGGAAAAUGAGUCACCAAAGACAGUUGAAGAACCUAAGACUGCUGCCAAUGAAGUAAAUGUCCCUGAAGUAUCCUCUCCCGCUGCCCCUGAUUCAGCCCCUACACAGGAUGGACCAGUGGCUGCAGAAAAAGAUGGUGGGCAGGAGAAGCAGGCCAAAGAUACGUCCGUCGCUGAGGUGAAACAGAAAACUGCAGAUGCUGAAACAAAGAAAAUGGACAAGCCUGCAGUUCCUCGUAGAAGUCGGUUCCCCAAGGCCAGGCCUAACCUUAGUGAUGCGGGCAGACAGCGGGCCAGGACUCCCUCAGUAUCGGUGAGUGACAAUGAAGAGGAAGCUAAGACGAGGCAUCCACCAACAGUUCACAGAACUGCUCCUCUGAAAGUCAGCCAAGGCCAACCAAUCCCCUGCAAUCCACCAGCAGCCGACCCUGAAGACAAUACUCCCCAGGAGAAUAAGACUGUGGCCCCAGUCCCAGUGGAAGAUGCGCCCACCGAUGGAUCAAAUACUCCAACAGCAUUGAAGCCGACGCAGGAGAAACCGGCCAAGAAAGUUGCUGAUGAAGUUCCUACUGCCAAGAAAGAGGUGAAGAAGCGUUACAAAGUGAACUGGGGUGAUGAGCCACCAGACAGGACCAAGAUGACUAUGAGGGACUUGAUCCACUGGAAUCCAUCGAGAAAUCCUAUGAAGAAUACCGAAAACAAAAAGAAGAAGGUGACUGCGGCGCCGAAGGAGAAUGUACUGAAAGUUACGGAGGAGGAGGAGCGUGUUGAUGACGUGGAUGAUACGGUAUCCGUGUCGGGGAAGAGUGACCAGGUGGAGGACGAUAUGCCAGUACCCCAGGUCAUGAUAGGCCCCGAUGGCAGCAUUAUACUCAAUGAAAAAAGUUUGGUCAUUGAAAGUACGCCGCCAAAACUUAUCGAGUCAUCAGAAGGCGAAGUCGUCCAAGAAGAUGAGAUGACCACGACGUAUGCCAGCUUCAGAAACCGGACGUUGACGAAGGCGUGGACUCAGAAGGAGACGACCAAGUUCUACACUGCCCUGAGUGCCGUCGGCACUGACUUCUCUCUCGUCCAUCAGUUGUUUCCGAAGAGAACUCGCAGGGAGAUCAAGAACAAAUUCAAGAAAGAAGAAAGGGUCAAUAAAUAUCUCAUUGACAAGGCUUUACGGGAGCGGCGUCAUUUUGACAUGGCCAUGUUUGAGAAACAAUCAGAAUCAGAAGACGAAGAGUUGGUCAAAAAGAAAGUAGGUCGUAAACGUAAGAAUAAUGUCGAUGAGAAGGAGAACCCACCGGGCCAGAGAGCAGCAGCAAAGAAUUCAAAGAAGCGGAAGAAGAAGGCGGAUAACAACUCCGAAGACGAUGGUUCACUGAGUGAUGCGACCACGAUGGACGAUAAUGCAAGCGUCAUGUCAGAGGUGGCAUCAAUUGCAGGGGACAGUGAUGAGGAGAUUGAAAUCAUAACGAGUAUCCACAAGCCAACGCGCUCUGGCAGGCUGCCAAAGAGAGUGGAUAAUACGAUGUAUCUUCCCCCAAAGGAAAUAGCAUCACGUUUACGUUCUCGCUCAGCGAGUAUAAGUUCUGAGACGGGUUCUGAGAGAGGUGUGCAUGAGGUGACACCUGGACGUCCUGGGGCUCAGACGCCCACCCGUGUGUUCCAACUGCCCAACAAUCUAGUCAAUUCGCAUGAUACCAAUCAGUUGUCACCUGGGAAAGUGAUGAUUCUGACCAACCGCGAAAUGGUCGGCACUGGUCCUGACGCCAAGGAGGUGAUUCAUGUGUUCAUGGUAACCCCAAAUCAGCAAUCGCCCACUCCGGGUGGAGCAAUGCCGCAUGGGGUGCCACUGGGAUCAGGAGGUACGCGUUUCGCCAUGGCUGGCCCAAGGUUCUCCACGAUGGUUCCAACCAGUCCGAUGCAAUUCGGUCCACUUCCCGGAUCCUCGCAUCCGUUUAGAGUGCCGCAAAAUGUUCGAACUAGUCAAGGUUUCGUGCGUGGAAAUGUGCCGGUGACGGGUUAUCGUCUGCCGCUGUUGAAUAAGAACAUAUCUCAUAUCCCCGCUACGGUCUCUGCCCCACCUAUCACAGAAAAUGUGGUGGUGACGCCACCUGGGAAUAUCCAGUUGAACCCUGAUCAAAGUCUGGCAGAAUGCGAUAUUUCUGGUGCGGCUGUACCAGCAUCUCACCACCUCAUUACCUCUUCAGUUGUGUCACCACCUUUUCGAAACUUUACAAUCAACGAGGGCAAAGUUAUGCCGCAAGGUUCUGUAGCAGCUCAAAGUCACAAUGUGUUACCUUCAGCUACAGAACAACUUUCUGAAAAUGCGUCAAAUACGUUUACUUCCCUAAAGACGUUCAGUUUCAGUACAGGGAAACCUGUCAAAGGAGAAGUUAUUGAAGGUAAACAAAUAGACACCACAGUUGAAACCAGGGGAGAUAAACUUUCAGAAUCGGAUAGAUCUUCCGUUCAGGAAAGUGAUGUGACAAACACUCAAACUCGAACUAUUUUACCAACAAGUGAAAGCUCCGAGAUAGGCGAACCUCAAAGCAUCUAUAGUUCUAAUGACUUUGUGACACUUAACAUGAAUAAAACUCUCCCUUCGAUGAAACAGGUGGACAAAAAUAUCCGUGUCGCAUCACCGCCUGCCCCAGAAAUAUCUUAUGUGGUAUCUGGUAGCACUGAAAGGACAGACUGCGUUGAAAACAAUGAUGUCAAACCCGAAGUUCUGCCCACUUCAAAAGCUGACAUCUGAUUAAGUUGAAAUGCUGCAAAACAGGAAAUGUAUGCGGCCAUAUUUUCUUGCAACUUUGACAUGCAUUUAAUCUAGCGUUUCGACAACCCUUUAUCAAAGCAAUUUGAAUUAGAUUUUCGUUUUCGUAGCCUAUUUAACCUCUUGAAUCCCAAAACUUGAAAAUCCCGGGAUCCCAGGGUGGUCAAGUGGUUGCGAAAUUGGGUCUGACUUUCACGAUGUAUAGCACCCGCAUACAAUCGCCAAAGUCCGGUACCGAGGCGCCAUCUACUCAGGCAUGCUCUCACUGACCCUACUGUACAUCAAACACGCUAAAACAAGCAAUAAACUAGCGUCCCAGCUCAAGGGAAUAGAAAUAUCACUGAGACCAACCUGUCAUUGGGAAAAAACAUUAUUUCAAAAUGACCGACUGGUCGGUCACCGGGAUUCAAGAGGUUUAAAAUUUCAUGAUUAUCUGUAAUCGCGAAAAAAAGACAAAAAUAAAAAGUAUGUGAACAUUUCCAGGUUCACUGUAAGGAGUGAAGAGAUGAGCAAUGAAAAGAUUGCUUGUCUGUGUGAUAUUGCAUGAGGCCGCAGCAAUCGCUGACCCUUCUCGCAGGGACCUGCGAUGAUCACCAUCACAAAUGAGAGGUCUUUGUUCCUUACAAUCAUGAGCACAGGUUGCAAUACAAAACUUGCUCUCUAAGAGAAGAUUAGGAAGACUAAAACUCCUAUACUCAUAUCCAGUGAUAACGUAAUGUUUGGCUAAGGAACUACUAGCGGAAUAAUUUCUUUUAAGCUAUUCAUUUUCCUCACGGCCUGGUCCCAAUGUGCAAUAAACACGUGUCAAGUGACUUUUAACUUAUUGACACAUUGGAACGGGCCAUGAGGACAAUGCCAUCAGUCUUCGUGGUGUUAUUGUAACUCGCCUGAAUGGCGGAAAGCAUACACCAGUAUUUUUCAUUUUGGCAGAUUACAAAAUGUGACCCGUCACAGCAAAACCAGGCGCUUGUCGCACAGAAGAGGAGCCUAAAUGACACCAGGAGAUAAUGGAAGAAAUUGAUGUGCUCAUAUUUCACAAAAGGCAGACAAUAGAGAAAUGAACAAACAGUCCGUCUCAACCUGCCAAGCUCAGAGCGACAUGCGCCUGGUUUUGCUGUGACGGGUCAGAAAUGUCUUCCUGUUUUUCCAAUAACUUUUUUUUUUCAUGGUUUCGCAGUUAUUUCGGAAAUUUGCGGGAAGAAAAUGCCAACAGAUAUUCAGGUUUACAAUAUUCUGUAUGAUAGAGUUUUGGUAGAGCAUACCUGUUGUUGGCACUAUAAGUCCAUUUGAAGUUCAUCACAAAAUACGGUAACGUCAUAUCCAACAGUUUGGAGAAACUAAAUAAUAACCUUGAACAUUUCAUGUCAGUGUCAGAGAAGGACACACCAGUACAGUCCAAAUCACAAUUGUAAUCCCUAGAUUCGCGUCAUUGACUCACUAUCCAGCAUGUAGGUCAUGCUGAGGUCGCGCAUAAUUUACAGGAAACAUAGAGAUAAGCGGAACAGUGGUGCGUGAUUGACUCCCAACUCGAGCCCACGUUGCCGCUUGCGCAUCACUGACGCGAAAUAGGAUGGAUGUCAAUUGUGACUUGGACAGUAGUUUUUGCUCCAGAGCCACACAAGAUGCAGACAAAAUGUUUUAUGGACUUAACAUGUAUUCUGUGAACUGUUCAUUUUGAUACUGCCACAAGUAGUGAAGAUCUUAUUUUGGUAUUGUUAAAAGAUUAUUUGGAUACGAAUUACAAAUAGGUUAUUGCAGAUAUAAGUAAAACUGGUUUUAAAAUCCAAGUUAAGUAGAAAUUUUUGUAUAGGUUUGUUUUGGGGCUGGGGGAGUGUUAAUCCGUUAUGACGUUUGAACACCCACUUGCCCUGUUUUCCCGAUAGUGGUGCCACUGUCUAAUCGUAAAAAAUAUGACAAGUCCAAUAGU